UUGUUUUACUGCUGAAAAGCAGGGCAAAGCCGUCCGUAGGCCCGAGACCUGGGCUGUGGCGCAAAGAGUGUUGAAGAUGAGCAGCAAGAGGCGGGGGCAGCCGAAGCACCAGAACAAAUACGCCUGGAAACCCAACGCCGGCCGUAAGAUCAACGAAACUGAGGUAGGAGGAAAGUUCAGGCCUUUGUCUGAAAUCACUGGCGUGUGCCCUCGCUGUAAAGAACAGAUCGAUUGGAAACGCCGUUAUGGCAAGUACAAGCCCCUUGUCGAACCUGCCAAAUGCCAGAGAUGCUCUAAACGUGCCGUUCGUCAAGCUUACCAUAACCUGUGUUCUGGUUGUGCCAAAGAGCACCGGGUUUGCGCUAAGUGUUGUUGCGCUGUGGAUCGUAUAGUUGGAAGGGACCUUUCAGAUGUGGAAGCUGAGCAAAAACAGCUUGAAGAGGCCAUUAAGAAUUCUCGGGAGAGGGAGAGGAGAACCCUAUUGCGUGCUAUGGACAAAGGCAAAUCCAAAGGUUCGGGAAAAACUCCUAACGAUAAUAAAGAUAAUAAGGUUGGACAAUUGUUUCCCAAUGCAUCUCUGGAGGAUUAUGCUAAACAGAACAGGCAUAAUGGAGGUCAUGAUGGUGGUGAAAUUUGUGAUAAUAAAUAUGAUGAUUGUGAUGAUGAAGAUGGUAACAGUGGGAAUGAAGAUUGUGACGAUGAAGAUGGUAACAGUGAGGACGUAGAAUGUGAUGGUGAAGAUGAUAAAGAUGACAGUGAAAACGAAGAUUGUCAAGAAGAAUUAGACGAUGAUGAUGAUGACAAUAAUGAGCACAAGUCACGGGGUAAAUGAAUAAAAAGAAUGAGUGACUGGCGUGAUAUAUUUCAGUUUUUAUACAAUCUCAUAUCAGGGGGAUGCUGAUCUUGUUGCAGUUAGUUUUGGAACGUCUGCUAAAUUUUAGAUAGAAAAUAUAACAUGGUUGAGCUCAAAUCUUGGAAUACAGGCUUUUGAUGUAUUCUCCAGAUAUUAGGAGAAAAAUAUGAGUUUUGGAUUAGUACAUGAUGAGAAUGAAGACAAAUUUUCUAUUUGAUGGAUACAAGGAAAGAAUGCCUCAGUAGUCAGUAGUCGGUAGAUCAACUUUGGUUCUGACAUAUAUUUGUGAGUUGGAGCGCAGAAUGCGAAUUUUAGAUCAGUCGGUCGUAUGUUAUCUUGCUGCUUCUGGCCCCUUUGAAUUAGCCUAGUCUUCCUAAGGAAAUGUUAUAUUAGCUACUCUGAAAGUACUUCAUAAUUUAUACUCCCUAUCAAUAACUGUAGUAUUCCAAAUGUAGUUAGUUAAUAACUUAUUUUUCCCUUUCGGUAAAAAAAGAAAAACUUAAUUUUCCCCAAUGCACUCAUUUAUAUUAUUAGUUUGCAAUGAAUAUUUUCACUCUUGAAA